AUCUGGAACAAAAAUAAUAAAGAUUUCGCUUGUCGGAGGAAAAAAUUACAUCACUAGUAACGAUGUAAAUAUCUGUAAAUGAUUUUUUUGGUAACUCAACGGCUCGAUGAAAAUUUGUUAUUAAAGAAAUAUUCGAUUAAUUAUGAGUAAAGAUAUUAUUUUAUCAAGCAGUUCAGUGAUGAACGCAUCGACUCUGACUAUAGGCUCACAACUGCGAAAUAUGGCCAUUCCCUCACCACCAAGUUUGUCAUCUUCAUCUGAGGAAGAUGAUAGUGAUGGCAUUAGUGACGAUGAAACAUUUGCAAUCAAGAGUUUUGAUCAUCAAAAUGAAAUCUCUAGACUUCGUCUCGCAGAAAAUAACAUUAAUCAAGAUUUAUCUAAUUUGACAUUAGUUGGUCCUGAAACACAAGCUCGCCUGGAAGCCUUACUGGAAGCUGCUGGAGUUGCAACUGACGGGAAGGCUUUUACAGAUCCUGAAGUAUUAAGGAGGUUAACCUCUUCAGUUAGCAGUGCUUUGGAUGAAGCUGCAGCAGCUUUAACUAGAAUGAGAUCACAAUCUGGAAAUAAUACAUCAAGUCAAAAUAAUGCACAAGGUACAAGGAGUCUUGUUGAAGCUUGUAUUGAAGGAGACAUCACAGCAGUACGGAAACUGCUUGAUGAAGGUCGCAGUGUCCAUGAGCCGACUGAAGAAGGAGAAAGUUUACUUUCUUUGGCAUGUUCUGCAGGAUAUUAUGAAUUAGUUCAAGUUCUUCUUGUUAUGAAUGCAAAUAUUGAAGAUAGAGGAGUUAAAGGUGAUUGCACACCGUUAAUGGAAGCUGCGAGUGGUGGUUUUGUUGAUAUUGUUCAAUUGUUGCUGCAACAUGGUGCAAAUGUCAAUGCUCAAUCUUCAUCUGGAAACACAGCUCUUCAUUAUGCAAGUUGCAGUGGUUAUGAUGAUGUUGUUCAAGCUUUAAUUCAACAUAAUGCAGAUUUGGAGCAUCAAAAUGAAAAUGGACAUACACCUUUAAUGGAAGCUGCAAGUGGUGGUCAUAAUAAAGUAGCCAAAUUACUUUUAGAUAAUGGUGCUGGAAUAAAUACCCACUCUAGUGAAUUUAAAGAAAGUGCUUUAACUCUAGCAUGUUAUAAAGGUCAUGUUGAAAUGGUUGCUUUGCUUCUUGAAAGAGGAGCUGACCAAGAACAUAAAACAGAUGAAAUGCAUACUGCUCUAAUGGAAGCAUCAAUGGAUGGCCAUGUUGAAGUUGCUCGAUUACUGCUGAAUCAUGGAGCUCAGGUUAAUAUGCCAGCUGACAGCUUUGAGUCUCCUUUGACAUUGGCUGCAUGUGGAAGUCAUGUUGAACUUGCACAACUUCUUAUUGAGCAUAAAGCUAAUCUUGAAGAAGUUAAUGAUGAAGGUUAUACUCCAUUGAUGGAAGCAUCUCGAGAAGGUUAUCUUCCUAUGGUGGCAUUACUUCGAGAACAUGGAGCUAAUAUUAAUGCACAAACAGAAGAAACCCAAGAAACAGCAUUAACAUUGGCAUGUUGCGGAGGGUUUCAAGACGUUGUUUUAUAUCUUCUGGAGUGUGGUGCUAAUAUAGAGUUAGGUGCAUCGACACCAUUGAUGGAAGCUGCUACUGAAGGUCAUGUUGAACUUGUAAAGCUUCUUCUAGAGCACGGUAGCAAAGUGAAUGCAACAACUGCAACUGGAGAUGCUGCAUUAACAUAUGCAGCUGAGAAUGGUCACACUGAUGUUGUUGAAGUACUGAUUCAUUAUGGUGCAAAUAUAGAACAUGAGUCUGAAGGGGGUAGAACUCCACUUAUGAAAGCUGCUCGUGCUGGACACUUGUGCACUGUAGGAUAUCUCAUAAGUCAAGGUGCUGAUGUAAAUCGCAAAACAACAGGAAAUGAGCAUUCAGUACUCUCUUUGGCUUGUGCUGGUGGUCAUGCUGCUGUAGUAGAACUGUUAUUAACAAGAGGAUCAAAUGCAAGCAUGAAACUUAAGGAUAAUUCAAGUAUGCUUAUUGAGGCUGCAAAAGGAGGUCACACUAAUGUAGCUUGUUUACUUAUUGAUGCAGUCCAUCACCAAAAUUACAUUCCAAACGAUCUAGCUAAUCAUGCUGGUUAUCCCUCUCCUGUAUCUUCUUCUGGUCAAGCAAGUAAUUCUUCUUAUCAUAUUUGUUCAGACCACCUACAUCACCUACACCAACAUGAGUGCCCCUUUCAAUGUUCUCAUUUGCAAAUGCCCCUAACCUCUCAACAUCCGUUAUCGCCAGACUGCUUUAAUCAUAACUGCACGUUUGUUCCACCUGUUAUUCAACCUAAUUCCCUUCCGAGUCACAAUUAUCAAACUUUGCAUAGCCCAAUAUAUGAUAGUGAACCAUUUACUGCAGAUAUUGAUGUAAAUACAUCACCUUCUGAUAUUUAUUUACCUAAUAUACCAAUUUCUCUGUCCAAUUCUCUUUCUCUGGCAAAUCUUACUCCUGCUGACCUGCAUUCAUUAGCACAAGCUCUUUCUUUUUCUUCAAUGUCUGUAAUUCAGCAAGAACAACAAUUUUCUAACACAACAGUUACAGAAAACAUUUCAGCAAAUAUAACAUUUCCAGUUAUAGAGCCUCACAUAAAUAGUUUUACUACACAAUCAGAAGUUUGUACACCUUCACCAUCCGAUACAACAACAGCUGUAGUAACAAGUGCUAAUCGUAUGAUUGCUUCAACAGGUGUUCAAACAGAAGACACAAUAUCAAUGAUUCAGAAACUUACAAACAGUGUUCAUCAGCUGAAUGCAUUACAAAGUUUUGCUGCUGCUCAUAAUCUAGAACUAGUUAAUCUUGGAGAAAUUACACUUCCUCCUGCUCCAUUUCCUUUAGAAGAAGAAGAUAUAGACUCUGGAGUUGUAGCAAAUAGCUCACGACAUGUUUCGCUAAGUUCAAUGUCAACUGUGACAAGAGAAGAACCCAUUGGGGAGUGUAGUCCACCUUCAAUAUGCCAAAGUGCAAUUGCUCCACCUUUGCAGCCUGUUAUUACGCCAUUAAUUCCAACAGUCGACAUAAAUCAAGCAACAGAAAGUAAUCAUGACACAGCACUAACAAUUGCUUGUGCUGGUGGGCAUGACGAACUUGUCCAACUUUUGCUAGCCAGAGGAGCAAGUAUCGAACAUCGUGAUAAAAAAGGUUGCACACCCUUGAUAUUAGCAGCUACUGCUGGUCAUGUAAGUACUUGUCAUAUACUUCUUGAACAUGGUGCAGAAAUUGAAGCCCAGUCUGAUCGCACUAAAGAUACAGCUUUAUCACUUGCAUGUUCAAGUGGUAGACAAGAGGUUGUUGAACUUUUAUUGAUGUCAAACGCUAAUUAUGAACAUCGUAAUGUGUCUGAUUAUACUCCACUGAGUUUAGCAGCAUCAGGAGGAUAUGUUGGCAUUAUUAAGCUUCUGCUAAAUCAUGGCGCUGAAAUUAAUUCAAGAACAGGAAGUAAACUUGGAAUAUCUCCUCUAAUGCUUGCUGCGAUGAAUGGCCACGUUGCUGCUGUUAAGCUUUUACUUGAUCGAGGCUCUGAUGUAAAUGCACAGAUUGAAACAAAUCGAAAUACAGCUCUUACUCUAGCAUGCUUUCAAGGUAGAACAGAAGUUGUUGGUCUACUUUUAGACAGAAAAGCUAAUGUUGAACACAGAGCAAAGACUGGUCUAACACCAUUAAUGGAGGCUGCCUCUGGUGGGUAUGUUGAUGUUGGGAGAGUUCUAAUUGAUCGAGGAGCUGAUGUCAAUGCACAACCUGUUCCUUCCUCAAGGGAUACAGCAUUAACAAUUGCAGCUGAUAAAGGUCACUACAAGUUUGUUGAACUGCUCAUCAUUGUUGGUGCUGCUGUAGAUGUUCGAAACAAGAAGGGGUGUACUCCAUUAUGGCUGGCAGCUAAUGGUGGCCAUAUUGAUGUAGUCACUUUGCUAGCUCGAGAUUAUGCAGAUGUAAAUGCAACAGAUAAUCGUGGUGUUUCAUGCUUAAUGGCUGCCUUUCGUAAAGGUCAUGUAAAAGUUGUUAAGUGGUUAGUGAAGCAUGUAUCACAGUUUCCAGCAGAAUCAGACUGUAAACGCUACAUCCAAACUGUAUCUGAUAAGGAUUUGCAAAUAAAACUUCAAGAGUGCUAUGAAAUUAUCAAUGCUGCAAAAAAACGUCAAGAAGCAGAAGCAAACAAAAAUGCAUCAAUUUUAUUAGAAGAGUUAGAUCAUGAAAAAAAAAAAGAAGAACGAAGAAAGAUUGCUGCGCAAAAGAAAAGAGAUAAAAAGAAAAUGAAAAAAAAGAAAAAGUGUGGAAGUAAAGAAACUAAUGAUGAUAACGAUGAAGAUGAGCAAGAUGAAGAUCCAGAUGCUACAUAUGAUCAUAUUAACUUUCCAUUUUGCACGGGAAAUGAGAGAACACCUAUAAUCAUUAAUGACGAUCGACCUGAUUUAUCCACCGCUGAAAUUAAACUGAAAUCACAAAAACAGUUAAAAUGUAAAAAAAAAGAAAAGAAGAAUCGUUUGAAGAGGAAUGAAAGUACUGACAAAGAUGAAGAAUUUGAUCAAUUGCAAACCUUUGAUCUUGAUGCUCUAACGAAUCUCGCAAUUACAACUGCAGCUCAAAUGGUUUCUUCUAUUAAACCUCUUGAGACAGUAAGUGCAGCAACUGCUGCUCAAGUAACAAUAGCAGUAGCCACUUCUAUUAUCACAAGAAGUACAACAAAAACAUCAAAGUUAAAAUUACCUCUUGGUGAAGAGGUUGCUGCUACAAUGGCUGCUGCUGCUGCACAAUGCGCAAUAGUUACGUCUAACUCUGUUAUUCUUAAUGCUGUGAGCCCUAAAAAGACACGAAGAGCUGAGGAUGGAUGGAAGGAAGUUACACGAAGUGCUCCACAAUCACGUUCUAAGAAAAUUCUUAUUCCAGCUUCUUUAAUUUCACGAGUAAUUGGUCGAGGAGGUUGCAAUGUUAAUGCUAUUCGAGAACAUACUGGAGCACUUAUCGAUAUUGAUACAAAUAGGAAAAAAGCGAAUGGAGAUUGUAUGGUCACAAUCAAAGGCACGCAACAAUCUACUCGCCAAGCUUCAAAUCUUAUCCAAUCACUAAUAGAUAAUCCUGAUGACGAUGUCGCAGAAAUUUUACCUUCAACAUCUACUUGUAAAACACCUUCAAUAUUUGAAAAUAAUGUUUUGCCUUCAAAUUCUACAGUUUCUAAAUCUUUGAGUAAUCAAAAAACUGUUUCAAAACAUUCUAAUCAAAGACAUAUAUCAGUAUCAUCUUCUACUCAAAAUUCAAUUUAUCAACAAAAUCAAACAAUACCAGUUAAUAAAAACAGUACUGAACGAUCUGACUUACCUCCAAAGGAUUUUUCCUUCCAUAAUGGCAAAUCAGGAUCAACCCUCACUGGUUGGGAAAGAGAUGAACCGCCACGAUUUCGUAAAGCUGAAAACAGUGUCAUUUCUCAACCAAUCACACAGUCAACCUUUACCACAUCAACAAAAACUAAUAUUUUAAAAUCUUCUACUUCAUUAUCAACAAAUGUUGUAAGUUCAGCAUCAAUCAUUUCAGAUCUUUCAAAAGCAAAACUACCAAAACCAAUUGGUAGUAACCGUCCAUCUAGUACAACUGUUAAACAACCUCAGUCGAUUUCGUCUACAAAUACACUUGAGUCUGUGACUGCCACUCUUCAUUCAACUUUAGAUAAUUUAUUAUCACAAGUUGCUACUCAACGCAGUCCAAUGAUUUGGAAUGAGUAUCAAGAUCGUUCUAAGCUUGUUUCCAGCACAACUGCUGUGGCAACAUUGGUAACAUCUCCCAAUAGCAUAACAUCUAGCUUUUCACGAGAUCAAUUUCGUUCAAAUUCUAUUUCUCAAAAUUCUUCACAAGACUCAAUGUGUCAUUCCAGAACACCUUCUAUAUCUCCAAUUUCUAAUAAAUCGAUCUCUCCACCUCCGCUUCCUCCAGAUGAGAAACCACAUUUAAAUCCAAUCGGUAGUGAACGAGGAAAUAAAAAGUGCAUCUCUAACCCAUUACUUGGUUUUAAUGAAUUGCCUACGCUACUUCAAGGUGUAGAAAACAAUCAAAGAUUAUGGCAAUUUGAAUAUCCAUCUGUAAAACCAUCAUGGACUACAACGCAAUCAACACCGGGGUGGGUUCGUGAAAAUACAAACAAACCUCAGAUGAAUGGAAUUUUACUUGAAGAAAAUAAUCAGGAAAAUCAAACACUUCAAAGUCUUCUAGAGAGUUUGUCACUUUCUAAUCACCUAAAUUUAUUCCAAAAAAAUGAAAUCGACCUUGAUGCAUUAUUACUAAUGUCAGAACAAGAUUAUGCUGAUAUUGGCCUACCAAAGGAACCUCGAAUGAAACUUCUUAACAGUUUAAAUCGGAUUUACUCGAAUAGUUCUCAACCUCAUCAAGUGCGACCUGGAUCUAAUGGUGUCCAUCCUGUGCAACAUCAUGUGAUCACGUCAAUACAUCCAGAGCCAAUGUGGAAACCUUCUCCGUUACCUAUAAAUGGUUUGGUCCAUCCAAUGCUUCGUCCUGAGUUUAGACAACCAGUUGGUAUGCAAAAUAGUUUGCAAUUUCACGGCCCUCAAAUCAUGAAACCAUGGCAACCAUGGAGUAAUCAAAUCGAUCAAUGAGUUAAAGAUAUGCUUGCAUUUCAAUAUACUCGUUGCCGAAUUUUUUUGUCUCGAUGAUUCGUAUAACUUUUACGUUGAUCCGUGAUCAGGCUUUAUUUAGAUUUCUAUGCUUUAAAUUCAUGUUAAUUGUUCAUUUUUACGUUUUGUUAAUUUCUUCGCUAAACUUAAACUUGAUUUUUUUGUAUAUUUCCUCGCUAUUUUCAUGUUUUUGGAAGACUUGAAAGUUUGUAAUAUAAUUUUGAUCAAAGCCUAUGCCACACGAUAACAUUUUGAUGUUAAAUUAUGUCUUGAUAUUAAAUGUUGCUACAUAUAAAUAAAAAUAACAAUAAA